CUGAUGUUAUGAUUAAAGUAUUCACUAGUAUCAUCAUGUUAUGUCAAGUAUGUCACAAUACAAUAUAUACAAAUUUGAUUUCUGACAAUGACAAGUCCACCCUUUCCGAAGACUCCGAUAUUGCUUCAACUUUACGCCAGAGCUAAAGCACCCAGCAGAGAUUAUUACGGUUUAACUAUCACUGAAAGAAAUAUACUUUUACAUGCUUGGAAGAUCACUCACGGACCACACGCCUAUCCAAGAACAAAAUUUUCAGACAUAGACGACUUCAAGUGUGAUAAGUAUUUACAUGAGGAGUUAAAAAACGUGUUUGGUGACAACGUGAUGGAGUACCUUUACGAUUUGGCUUAUAGUAAAAGAAAUUUGAGUAACCUACCGCCCAAGGCAUUUUUGAAUAUCGUUCAAUACCUAACAGCUAACGAUAUAUUUCGUUUAGCUAGGACAUCAAAGAUAUUCCAUGAGUUGUGUAACACGGACUCGGUAUGGAAUGAGGUAUUCACGAAGGUACUGAAAAGAAAGCCUUCUCCGGAAGAAAAGAAGAUGGCCAAAGACAUGGGAUGGAAACAAGUUUUGCGGAAACGUCUAGCAUAUAUCAAAAGGAUCUACGCGGAACGAACUCAGUCACAGACCAGGACAAAUAUGCAAGCUGUCAAAUCUGCCGCUCAAAUAAAGCCUGUAAGACCUGCAGUCAAAAAAGUGGUGGAGCAAAAACAUGUCAAACCUGUGACGGCAAAAACUGCGGAUCAAGAGAUUGAUACAACUCAAACGGAAAAAGUUGUUGAUCAGAAAACUAUCAGACCGUCGACUGGCAAAAUAGGUGCUCAAAAAAUGUCUAUGUCAACCCAGUCGAAAGCUAAUUUGGCCAAAAAAGCUCCAGUUAAGACAUUGGACCAAAGAGUUGACAGAACGCCUGCUUCAAAUAAAGCCAUAGUAGGUAAUAAAAAAACUAUCCAGGUCAAAUAAAUAUGUUUAUAUGAUACA